AACCAGUUCCUUGACCAUGACUCACUGUAGCAGUCAUAUAAGUAAAUAUCAGACAUUCAUUAAGAGCCUUACUUUCGAGAUAAACCGCUAUAAUUCAACCGGAAGUAAUGAAACAUGCCGAGUGUGUAUCCCGGCUCUUGUUGCAUUCAUGUCGCUUACUCGAAUCGCAGAGAGACAUUGGAUAUACCGAUUAGAUGUCUUACGACCAAGCUUGAUCACAACAUCACUUUAAGUGAUAGUCCAGAAAAAAGAGGCCAAUAUGCCGAUUCGAACAGCAAUAAUGGAGACAAUCAGGUUCGACCCGCCAAUCCUAUCGAUGUGAAGGACACAAUCAUCACUACCACCAAAGGACCAAGAGAUGGUGCCGUGAAUGCAGCACAGCAAGUCUGCCGCUCUCUUUGUGAUGGUAUCUACACCCGUUUCCCCCGCGAGGUUCGGGACAUGAUCUGGACCCAUCUCGUAGCCGCACCUUACGUCUUCGUCAACUUCACCAAGGACAAGGUCUUCGAACAUUACUGGAGUGUCACACCCUACUGGCCAACUGGUGACGGACAAGUUGAAAGCUCCUACUUCGGUGCUCACUAUUACAAAGAACGAUGCGUCGGUCCUCACGUCCAAUACGAAAUCAUCGAGACCUGGUACAGCACACUAAACUUCUACAUCAACACCUACAAUCACGACAGCAUAUACCGACUCCUGCACAAAGACCGCUGGAACCUGGGAAUCCACCCCUUCAAACACAUAACCCACAUCUCGAUCGUAAUCUCCGAGCGCAACUUCGACGACAACAUCAACACCGGCAGCAGCACCACCUCAGAUUCCUCCGCCUCCACCACCUCCCUCACCUCCCUAAGAUCAGAAAACAUGACCCUCCGUGUGAAAACACUCCUCUUUUACCUCAACGACCUUUUCGAUCUCAAAUACGGCUCGCGGAUCACCUUCCUCCUUGAGAAGAAAUCGGACUUCUCGUGGGGUCCCGACAACUUGCUCAAAAGGCAUCCAAAUCAGUCUCCCCGCGUCUGGCCGUGGCGGGCCGAGCCCAUUGACGCGACACGCGAUUACGAUGGUAUGGUUGAGUUUUUCGACAAUUGCUAUGCAAUCUUGCACAACUUGAUGAUUAAGCUGCACGAGGCCAAGUAUAAGGUCGUAAUGCAGUAUGAGGGCUGUGUGAUCGGUCCCGGCGAGGAGGGUCCAGCAUUUACGGCGGCUGGUUCUAGGGAUAAGUUAAGGGCUUUCCUCAAGGCGGACAUCCCUCGGCUUGAAGAACUGGGGCGCCAGAUUAGGGCUCUGAUGGAUCAUCCUCCUGCUCCUCCCCCUCCUCCUGCCCCCCUUGGUGAGGAAUCGCAGGACAAUGGUACUACUGAGAUUUCCGAGGUGUAAUUGCAAAAUCAGGACAUCAGCGAUAUUACUCCCAAUAUCCGUCUCGUCCUCGAAGCGUAGAAGUCUCAAAGGGCUAGCAACUCACUCGAAGCACUGAAUGGCGUCUUAGGGAGUUAUUGUCAAGCCAAGUGUUCAUGAAAUACCCAUCAGGAUUUGUUUUUGUAGUGUAUAACGAGAGGCGUUACAUAGAAUGAUCAUUUCUGCUUGCUAUUCGUAUGACUGGCCAAUACCUCUUGUUACCGCAUCAAACGUGUGAUUAAUUGGGUGGAAUAAGAUAUGUGAAGAAAAAGAUAUUGAUAUUGGUCUGAUAGCAUAGCCUAGUUGAUAGGAAUGUAAUCAUGCCAUA